CCACCGUGAGCACGGUGCCCUGACGGACUCGUGAGGGAUGCUGUGCUUCUCCAGGAGCAUACACCUGUCCCGCAAGCAAAGGUUGCACUGCUGCACCCGCCAUUGCUGUGAUGGUCCCACCUUGAACUCCAGAGGAAACACAAACGAGUCGGAAGAAAGGAUCGUACUGGGAUCAUCAGUUUUCAAAAACUCCUCUGCUCCAAAAGCUCAUGCCAUGGCCAGGAAAACAGUUUCUCGGACAAAUAGUUCCCUGUGAUGGCUCAAUAAAACCAAGUUGAGGUCUGCUUCUCCUUAGUAACCCUAAAGCACCAAGAUGAUGCUUUGGCUGCUGCUAGUUUUGUCCAUUAUGCCGGGUCCUGAUCAAGCUGACUCUGCCCAGUCCAAUGAACGACGAGUUGUAGCACACAUGCCUGGUGACAUCAUCAUUGGAGCAUUGUUCUCUGUCCAUCACCAGCCUCCUGCUGACAAGGUGCAUGAGCGCAAGUGUGGUGCGGUGCGAGAGCAGUACGGCAUUCAGAGGGUGGAGGCCAUGAUGCAUACAUUGGACCGAAUUAAUGCUGACCCGCACAUCCUUCCCAACAUCAGCCUGGGCUGUGAGAUCAGGGACUCCUGCUGGCACUCAGCUGUGGCUCUGGAGCAGAGCAUCGAGUUCAUACGGGAUUCACUGGUCUCCUCUGAUGAGGCUGAGGAGUGGGGUGGAGGAAGUUCUUGGGGAGGGGGAGGAGGUGGAGGAGGGGCGCUGAAGUGCUCAGACCCCUCUGCCACUCCAAUGCGGGGGAAGAAACCCAUUGUGGGUUUAAUUGGACCUGGGUCAAGCUCAGUGGCCAUCCAGGUCCAGAACCUGCUACAGCUAUUCAACAUACCACAGAUUGCCUACUCUGCCACCAGUAUGGACCUCAGCGAUAAGAGCCUUUACAAAUACUUUAUGCGGGUGGUGCCUUCAGAUGCCCAGCAGGCAAGAGCUAUGGUGGACAUUGUCAAGAGAUACAACUGGAGCUAUGUUUCUGCAAUACACACCGAAGGGAACUAUGGUGAAAGUGGAAUGGGGGCGUUCAAGGACAUGGCAGCCAAGGAGGGCAUCUGCAUCGCCCACUCUGGGAAAAUCUGGAGCAAUGCCGGAGAGCAGAGCUUUGAUCGACUGCUGGAGAGACUGAGAGCCCAUCUGCCUAAGGCCAGAGUAGUAGCCUGUUUCUGUGAAGGCAUGACUGUCCGUAAUAUCCUCAUGGCUAUGAGACGCCAAGGACUAGUCGGAGAGUUUCUUCUCAUCGGCAGUGAUGGAUGGGCGGACAGGUACGACGUGACAGAUGGCUAUGUUAAGGAAGCGGCCGGCGGGAUUACCAUCAAGCUCCAGUCAGCUGAUGUCAAAUGGUUUGAUGAGUACUACCUUAAACUUCGUCCUGAAAACAACCACAGAAACCCUUGGUUUCCAGAGUUCUGGCAGCAUCGCUUUCAGUGUCGACUCAAAGGUCACCCACAGGAGAACAGCAAGUACAACCGCACCUGCAGCAAGCGAGAGUCACUUCGGCAGCAAUAUGCACAGGACACUAAGAUGGGAUUUGUCAUUAAUGCUAUCUACUCAAUGGCAUAUGGCCUGCAUAACAUGCAACGGUCACUUUGCCCAGGUUAUAAGGGUCUGUGUGAUGCCAUGCGACCCAUUGAUGGUGCUACACUUCUGGACUUCUUGAUGAAAACCAACUUCACCGGUGUGUCAGGGGAGGGAAUCUUAUUUGAUGAAAAUGGAGACUCACCUGGCAGGUAUGAAAUAAUGAACUUCAAAAAGAUGGGGAAAGACUAUUAUGACUACAUAAAUGUUGGGAGCUGGGACAACAGAGGCUUAAAGAUAGAUGAUGAUGAAAUCUGGCCCAACAAGGAUGCCAUGAUAAAGUCAGUCUGCAGUGACCCCUGUGACAAAGGACAGAUUAAGGUGAUCCGUAAAGGUGAAGUGAGUUGCUGCUGGACGUGCACUCCUUGCAAAGAAAAUGAAUUUGUGUUCGAUGAGUACACCUGCCAAGCCUGCGAGCUGGGCUCCUGGCCUAACGAUGCCCUCACAGGCUGCGACCCAAUACCGGUGCAGUACCUGCUUUGGGGAGACCCUGAACCCAUUGCUGCUGUGGUGUUUGCCUGCCUCGGUCUAAUGGCUACAUUUUUUGUCACCGCAGUCUUUAUUAGGUUCCGGGACACCCCAGUAGUGAAAUCUUCAAGUAGGGAGCUGUGUUACAUAAUACUGGCAGGUAUCUGCUUAGGAUACCUGUGUACCUUUAGCCUCAUAGCCAAACCCCACGUCAUCCAUUGCUACCUCCAACGACUGGGAAUAGGCCUGUCACCUGCCAUGAGCUACUCUGCACUUGUCACCAAGACAAACCGCAUUGCUCGGAUCCUGGCAGGAAGCAAGAAGAAGAUCUGCACAAAGAAACCUCGCUUCAUGUCUGCCUGUGCUCAGCUUAUCAUUGCCUUCCUCCUCAUACUGCUACAGCUGGGCAUCAUUGUGGCUCUCUUCCUCAUGGAGCCCCCAGACGUAAUCCAUGACUACCCCAGCAUCCGCCAGGUCAACCUCAUUUGCAACACCACUAACCUCGGAGUGGUUGCCCCGCUGGGAUACAAUGGCCUGCUUAUCCUCAGCUGCACCUUUUAUGCCUUCAAGACCCGCAACGUCCCAGCUAACUUCAAUGAGGCUAAGUACAUUGCCUUUACAAUGUACACCACCUGUAUUAUCUGGCUGGCAUUUGUACCCAUCUACUUUGGCUCUAACUACAAAAUUAUCACCAUGUGCUUCAGUGUCAGCCUCAGUGCCACUGUGGCUCUGUGCUGCAUGUUUGUACCCAAGGUGUACAUCAUUCUGGCCAAACCAGAGCGUAAUGUGCGUAGUGCCUUCACCACUAGCACAGUGGUGCGCAUGCAUGUGGGCGAUGGCAAAUCGUCCUCAGCUGCCAGCCGCUCCUCUAGUCUGGUUAACCUGUGGAAACGAAGAGGCUCCACUGGAGAGACACUCAGCUCCAAUGGUAAAUCAGUAUCGUGGGCACAGACAGAGCGCAGCAGUUCACGUGGGAACCACCUGUGGCAGCGGUUAUCAUUCCACAUCAAGAAAAAAGAGAACAAUCAAACUGCUGUUAUUAAGCCUUUCUCCAAAACCUCUGAGGAGCAUUAUUGUGGUGGGGCUGACCUGCCACCACAUGUCCCUCUGCCCUCUCUACCGUCCAUGUCCUCCCUACCCACUCAUCCUGACACUGUCGCCGACAAGACCCUGUAUGAGCUCUCAGAAGCAGAGGAGCGCUACUCGAUCACAUACCGGCCACAGACCCCUUCACCGAUCAGCACAGUCAGCCAGAGAAUAGGAGCAGGUUCAGGGGAGGAGCCUCAGAUGGGAAGUAUUCCAAAGUACCCGAGCAGCGUCUGCAGUGGUGGCAGCGGCAGCAGUUGCGGUCCUCCCAGCAGCAGCUCUAUUGUGACUGGGAGUGACGGCCGAUUGGUGGUUGUAGAUGAUCGCACAGGCGAGCCCCAAAGUUCACUGAUGGAUCAGAUCAGUUGUGUGGUUAACCGCUUCACUGCCAACAUCACGGAGCUCAACAGCAUGAUGCUCUCAUCCUCUCCAUCACACUCACACACAUCACACUCGCACGUGCACAAACACACACCUCCGUCUCCUCAUCCCACCGACCCCUACCUGUUGCCCCAUGAAAUCCAGAUGCCCCCGACCCUCACCACCUACGCAGAUGUCCAGCCCCUCCCCCCUGUUGAAUCAAGCUUGGGGGGCCGUGGUGGCUGUCCUGUUCACUCUAUGCCUCAUUCACCUUACCCUCUGCCACCCCCCCACCCCCAGGCCUCCCCGUCCCGCUCCCCCAUGCGCGGGGCUCGGCUCAGCUGCCUCACCGACUCCCCUCUGAGGAGGGCAGAGUUGGAGGAGGAGCUAAUCGCUUUGACUCCUCCGUCACCCUUCCGUGACUCUCUGGCUUCCAGCAGUGGCUCACCUGUCUCAGAGACAGGUCUUUAUCUCCCUCCAGUCCCCUCCCACCCUCCACCCUCACCCCCUUCCCCCAGGUACACCAGACUGACACUCAGAAACUACAGCCAGAGUUCAUCCUCGCUGUGAGGCAGAGAUGAAUCACAGGAAAGAAGAAAAGCACUCAAAAACAACACAGGUUGUAAAGAGAAAAGAGAAUGGGUAGAUGAAUCCAUUUUUCCCUGUGUGGGGAAAAUAAAAAUCCUGAAGUUAAGGAGAAAUGUAGGACAGGUUGGUUAAGACACCAAGCUGUGUUUGUGUUUACAUGUUUGCAGUGAGUUGCAAGUAUAAGAAACUUGCUCAUGUUGUAUUUUCUUGCCGUUUCUCCCGAAUGUGGAUGGAAAACUGCAAAAU